AUGUCAGAAACAUUACAGAUCAUCGAAGACGCUAAACCAAAUCACAUAUCAGAAACCGAUGAUGGGACACCGCAUCCUUCCACAGCAGACAUAAUUAGUGAUAGAGCCUCAUCGGUCGGCGUACGAGAAAAGGAAAAUAAUGAAGACAAAGAAAAUAAGAACGGAAAUGGGAUAACGUCUCUCUCGUUCGAUCAAGUGAAUGAUGUGGCAGAUGAGUUAAUAGAACUAAGGGGCGAAGGACGAUAUUUUGGUGUUACUGAUCCAUCGACAGGUAAAACGAUAAAUGCGAUGCAGAGUCUAGGGCCUCUAUGUGCUAACUGUCAUAAAAGAGGACACAUAAGAGCAAAAUGCAAAACGGUGGUUUGCCACAAAUGCGGUGUUGUAGGUGAUCACUAUGAGGCACAGUGUCCAACCACUUUAGUAUGUGCAAAAUGUGGUCUCAAAGGUCAUAUAGCUGUCAACUGUAAAAACAAGCAAAGAAAAAGACAAUAUUGCAAAAUUUGUGACACAUUCAGCCAUGGAGAUGAUACAUGUCCAACAAUAUGGCGAUCAUAUUUGACCUUGGAUGCAUACGAUAACGAAAAUAAGACGUUACCUAACAUGUACUGUUACAACUGCGGCAACAAUACACAUUACGGAGAUGAUUGUAAAGAACCAAGAACCUCCAGAGUGCCGAAUCAGAAUGGAAGUGCAUUUAGUGGCUCAAACUUGCCCAAAUCGCUUCGAAAUAUAUAUUAUGAUAGACUCAGCGGCCGUGCAAAAAAGAUGCCCGAAAACAAGAGAGACUUUAUAAGUGCCAAUACUAACAACAACUGGGAUGUUAAUAGACGAUUUGGCAACAAGGACUUUAAUAGCAAUGGGAGAGACCACUAUAGGAACUCCAAUGGAUUCCGCAAUAACAACAACAAUAACAAUAAUAAUACGAAUAACAGAAACCAUAGGCCUGCUCCAAGCUUCUUGCCUAAGAACCCCAACCCCUCUAGGUCAGGAUUUGUGUCUAAGACAAAGGGUUCUUCUGCCAAUCCUAAAAUCCCCUCUAAGCCUAGUGCCAUGAAUAGACAGCAACCUACGAGACAAGGCGUCAUUUUCAAAAAUGGUAAUAAAGUAACGAAUGCUAAUCCUCCCACUCGCUCUGGUUUAUUAGAGAAUAGAGGUAGAAACAAUAAGCAAAAAUCCAGAAAUAUAAGAAACUUAUAUUAG